UGAGCAGCUGCUAUAAAACCUGAACCUGCAGGAAGACACGGAAACACAGAGAAGACGACGGACAGCAGAGUUUUAUCUCCAGAAUCAAGAUGCAGCUCUGCAGCCAUCUUCUGAUCAUCUGCCUGCUGUCCAUCAUCCUGCAAUGCAACGUCCUUGGAGUCCAACAACAGCCGGCUCAGCACAUAGAUGGGGCCGGGCUGAGGACGCUGGCCGUCCUGUGGCGCCAUCCAGGAAGGAUGAAGCCCAGACUGGAGCUCAGCGCCAAACUCCUCCAAACAGACAACCUGGUGAUGAUGAUGGAGAAUGAUGUGACUGAGCCCAAGAGGAAGAGGAGUUUCCCUGGGAACAAUGCCCCGCUGGACCGGCUGUCCAUGAGCUCCAUGGAAACCAGACAGGGCAAGAAGAAGCAGAGCAAGGUGGUGGAGUCGCCACGGCGACGAAACAAUCUGCCUCCCAUCGACCGAGUUGGAAUGAGCCGUCUACCGACGACUCGAGGAUAGCGAGGACGCCCUCAUCUGGACAGUCGAAUCUCUGCAUAAAUAUCAGCCUACCACCUGCUGAACCACGAUGACUGAUCACCUCACCUGGACACGCUACAAAUGAUGGUGCAUUCAGGUGCAGCUCAGUAAAUUCAGGACCAAUUCUUAGUCUUAAGGAGAGACAAACUUCUUCACAAAAACACAAAAUUCAUGACGACAUUACAUCAUUUCAUGCAUUUUAAUGUAAUUUUCCAUCAAACACCAAAACUAGCAAGUAGCUUAAAUCUGCUUUUAUAGCUCGCUAAAGAAGAAGUGAAAAGAAUCGCAUCAAAUUAUUUUAGGCAAAAAUUAUGAGAAAUACCCAAAAUAUUCAAAUAAAUGCAACAACAAAGUCAAUUAUGAUCAAAUAUAAAUGUAUAAUACCAGAACUGAUUCAAAUGAUUUGAACACUUUAAGUCCAACAAUCUAUUAAUGGUGUUAGAAAAAUACCUUCGGUCAAAUAAUGUGAUUCAUUUAGAAAAGCUCAUUUUGGUGCAUUUUUUGGGGCAACAUUUUAUUUCUACCACAGUUAAAAAAAAACAAAGAAUAAAUAAAUCUUUCACAAAAUGUUAAUUAGCUACAGAUUUUUAAGAUUUAUUUUACACUAAAUCAUCAGGUCUACGUUUAUUAUUGCUGUUAAUUUUUACUGUUAGGGCUGAUCUUGGAUCAGACUUUUUAGCUCCACCUGAACGCACCAUUUCCGGCUCUCCCUGCUGUCACCUGACGGGAAGCGACUGCCGCCUCGACUCAAAACGUCCGACACGACUGGAGCUUUCUGCUCAAGUCUCUUCUUCAUGUUGCAGCUGCACAGCAGGGCGCAUUUCUGCUGCAACACAGAAACACACCGAUGGGAGGCUGGAGCCGGUUUCCACUACAACGAUGAAACUUGUUUGUUCACCAAGCGAUGUUAAAACUGCCAAACAAUUUUUUUUAAGUUUUCUCUUAUCAAAUAAAGUCAAAAUGUAUGUAAAUUCAUAAGUGUCGUCUUAAAAAGCAGAAAACCACGUUAACCAAUGUUUAACUUUUAUUUGAAACAGUUUUCACAUUGUCUUCCAUUCUUGUAAAAAAAACAUUUUUACCCCAUUUAUUUUAACAUAUAGGAUGAAAAGAUGAUUUUCUGUAUCUUGUCACCACAAUGUGAAAUUCAGAAGUUUAAACUGUAUGAACUGAAAGUCACACUGCAUAGCAUUUUAAACUUUAUCACAUCUUUAAAGAGUAACUAAACACAAAAUUAACUUGUUUUGCAUUUAAACUGUCAGAUAGAAACUGUCUUUGUGUUUGAGUCCAAAUGUUUGAAUUUUUAUCUAGAUUUGCUUAAUUCUGCAAUAGUGGCCUAAAUCUGUCUCAGUUCUGCCCUCCUUGGGUUGAACAGUGGUACUGCACUUAAGUUUUUCCAUUGGUUACAGCAGUUCAGUUGAUGUUUGGCUGGAGCUGUAAUCCAGUUUUCCUCAUUUUAAAAACCUUCCUGUUAAAAUUGAAAAAGAUUUUCAAAUAUUUUUCUCUGCCUGUGCUUAAAUGUGCAUAAUAAAGACAAAACGAAGCAAGGAGUCAUCCGUUUGGAUUAUUUGUCAACCAAACACUGAAAAGGAUUUUGCACAUUUGCUUCAUUAAAAGAAAGGCAUUUUUUCAAAGGCAGUUUUCAAAUCAUCACCUUCAUAAAAAUAAUGGCCUAUUUUAUCUUUUUCCAAAAGUGAUUUUUGUACAAAAAUAUAUAUAUUUAUAUACAUAUACAUACACAUAUAUGGCAAAAAAAUAACAUUUUGGGAUAGUAACAAAAUUCUUUUAGGUUUGGUUGGACAAAUGUAUUCUCAGUUUCAGAAACAGGAUGUGAGUCACGCUCUUUCAAAACGCUUGCUUUAUUAUGUUUAAUAUAUUAAAUAAAAGCACAGAGCCUGUAAAUGUUUCAGUUACCCUAAAUGAAGGCUAACAGACUGAAUCAGGCGUUGCUAAUGGCUAAUAACCCAAACUAGCUAAACUUUGGCUGAUAUUGAAACAGUUUCAGGUUUAAAACGUGUUACAGUUCCUGACGGUUCACCAGCUCCUAAAGCUAACAGAUGAAAAACGGACGGCUGGUGACAUCAUGAUGGAGAGUUUAUUGAA